AUGGGUUCGUACAAGUCAUCACAAGCACCCGGAAAUGGAGCGACAGACCAACACCAAAGGAUCGAGCUAAAACAGACUGGCCCGCAUUCGACGAAGAUGAAAUCGAAGUUCGACUCAUCGAACCAAAAGAACAACACGACGGCCAUGACCAUGAACCCACCCCCCAACGCCUCAGUAUCAACAUAUGCCUCCACGACCCGCUCAACAGCAGAGCUCCAAGAAGAAGCAGAACAACAGCAACAGCAACAAAUCAAAACAGAAGAACAACUUUACGAAGUCGACGACAGACAAGAAAAUUUCCCAACAGAUGCCCUAGCCUCAACGCCCUCCUCCUUCGCAGGCCUCUUCCCUUCUUCAAGAAGACUACUCAUUCGCCAUGACGACGCAACGAUAGAUGGAAAUAUGAAUCUGCGCGUCGACACGGUUGUGCCUUGUCGCGCCGGCUAUCAGCAGGACGUCAUCCUCUUUCAUCUGCGCAUGUACGACCUCUUCUCGCGCAAGUUUUCCUUCCGCAGAUAUUGUCGCGAUUCUGGCCGCGAGGUAUGCCACUCCGCGCGCAAAGAAGCCGUCUCACACCACGCCGAUCACCAGCGUCGUCGUCGCUCGCUGAGUAGUGUCCUCGCCAGUCUCCGUCCCGGCUCGAGCUCGAACGGAGGUCAUCACUCGGCAAACUCGCCCCAAGAUUUGAAGCGGCAGGAUUCGGGGUACGAGGCUGGGAUGGAUUCAUUUGAUCUGGACGAUCCCGGUUAUGACCAUGGCGUGGAGAAUGGGCAUGGGCAUGGUCGUGGAGGACAACCACCACUUACCGAGACGAUUCUGUUGGAAUUCUCUAAUUACGCGCAUGUCGAGCUUAGACGGCGUGGGACGGGCGCGACGAAGAAAUACGAAUAUGAGUACUGGUCGACGAAGUAUCAGUGGCGCCGGGAAUACAGGAGAGAAGGAGAUCUUCGGGAAGUUUCAUACUAUCUUGUUGAUAUGCGUUCGUCGAAGACGAUUGCACAUAUGGUUCCGGAAAUCAUGACACCACUUGAGGCUGUUGAGGAGGAGAGUAAGGGUGGUUGGGUGCCGCCUUGUUCGAUGUGGAUUAACGAUUCUUCGAUUUAUGAGAGAAUGCCUGAUGUUGCCGAUGUGAUUGUCGCGACAGGACUAGUGGCUCUCGUGGAUGAUUGCAUACGCCGUCGCUGGCACCAAGAGCAUCGACCUACAUGGUCCCUCCCCCGCACGCUCCUUGACUAG